UUUUGGACAUAUCAAAAGCGUGGGCACUUGCUGUCAAUUACAGUUUCUCUCCUUCUUGUCCCCAUCUUCGGCUCUUGCCAACUGCUCCUUAUUUCUUCUUGCUCUGGUUUCACAUUUUGUUGUAAUACAUCUUUAUAUCAUAUAAUCAUAAUGUUGCGUCGAUUCUCUAGCACGUUUAAGAAGGGAAAGGGAGAGCGCGAGUCGAAGCCGAACGGCACUCAGACUAAUGGGACGAAGCGUCAAUCCAAGGUCUCGUCGGCGCCUAAGUCAUCAUCGGACGAGAGCCACAAUGAGCCACGCUACGAGAAGCAAGACAAGCACGACGACGGCCUGUCUGCCUUUGAACGAUAUGCCCAGGUUUUGCACGCUUCGCGACGCCCUUUGCCUAACCAGAAUGGCGAUGGAACCUACGUCGAACAGGAGCACUCGAGCGGGUUGUUCUCGGACUUGCGAACGCUGGGUUUCAAGGACGUCGGUACCUUGAAGGACCUGAUCAAGAACAAGGCCAAGGGCGAGUUUAUCGACGAUAAAACUAUGCUUAUGGAGCGGAUCAUUCAGCUCGUCAGCAGUUUGCCCGGAAACUCGAAGACUCGAGUCGAUCUCACAAAUGCCUUCCUGGAUGAGCUCUGGGGCUCAUUGCCUCAUCCUCCUCUCUCUUACAUGGGUAAUGAAUACGCAUACCGCUCCGCCGACGGCUCUAACAACAACCCAACCCUUCCAUGGUUGGGCGCUGCAAACACGCCUUACGCUCGCUCGAUCGCUCCCUUGACAAUUCAGCCCGGUGGACUUCCUGAUGCAGGCCUCGUGUUUGACUGUCUGUUUGCGCGCGAAAAAUUUACCCCUCACCCGAACAAGGUCUCGAGUCUUUUCUUCGAUUGGGCCUCGUUGAUCAUCCACGAUAUCUUCCAGACAGACUACAGACAGCCCCACCUCAACAAGACCUCCGCAUAUCUCGAUCUUUCCAUUCUUUAUGGUGACACCAAGGACGACCAGGAUCUUGUCCGUACCUUCAAAGAUGGAAAGUUGAAGCCGGACACCUUCUCGGAGCAGCGUUUGCAAGCUUUCCCAGCGGCCUGUAGUGUUCUGAUGGUUAUGCUGAGCAGAUUCCACAACUAUGUCGUUGAGGAGCUGGCGGCUAUCAACGAAAAUGGACGCUUCACUAAGCCACGCGACGGUCUUCCUGAAGAGCAGGCUCAAAAGGCGUGGGCUAAGUACGACGAGGACCUGUUCCAGACUGGUCGACUCGUCACAUGUGGUCUGUUCAUCAACAUCACCCUGUACGAUUACCUCCGUACCAUUGUCAACUUGAACCGGAGCAACAGCACUUGGUGCUUGGAUCCCCGCGCCCAGAUGGAGGGCAGCAAGAUUACUCCCUCUGGUCUAGGAAACCAGUGCUCCAUUGAGUUCAACUUGGCUUACCGCUGGCACUCUGCUAUCAGUGCUGGGGACGAGAGGUGGACCGAGCAGGUCUACGAAGAACUCAUGGGCAAGCCUGCCGAGGAAGUCACCCUUCCCGAACUCCUGAUGGGCCUCCACAAGUACGAACAGACCAUUCCGAAGGACCCCAGCCAGCGUACUUUUGCUGGCCUGAAGCGACAGGAAGAUGGAACAUUCAAGGACGAAGAACUUGUACACAUUCUCACUACUGCUAUUGAGGAUGUUGCGAGCUCCUUCGGCGCCCGCAACGUUCCCAAGGUCCUGAAGUCUGUUGAGAUCUUGGGUAUCGAGCAAGGCCGUAAGUGGAACGUCGGAUCUCUCAAUGAAUUCCGCAAGUUCUUCAACUUGAAGCCUUAUGAAACUUUUGAGGAGAUCAACUCAGAUCCUGAUGUUGCUGAUGCCCUUCGUCAUUUGUACGAGCACCCUGACUACGUUGAGCUCUACCCUGGUAUUGUCUCAGAGGAAGCCAAGGAGCCCAUGAUUCCUGGAGUCGGCAUCGCUCCUACCUACACAAUUUCUCGUGCCGUGUUAUCCGACGCCGUGGCUCUGGUCCGUGGUGACAGGUACUACACUAUUGACUACAACGCCCGAAACCUCACCAAUUGGGGCUACAAUGAGGUCCGUUACGAUCUCAAUAUCAAUCAGGGAUGUGUGUUCUACAAGCUGGCGACACGAGUCUUCCCCAAUUGGUUCAAGGGAGACUCUAUCUAUGCUCAUUACCCGAUGACGAUUCCGAGUGAGAACCGGAACAUCAUGAAGAACCUGGGUCGUGAAGCCGAUUACUCCUAUGACCAGCCCCGGUACACCGAUCCUACGCCGUCUUUGCUGUCUUAUGAUAACGUCAAGUUGGCCUUGGACUAUGGCAAGGACUUCCGGGUGAUCUGGGGUGGUUUGACUUCCGUUCACGCCGGCAACGGAGGUACCGACUUCUGGAGCAAGUCUCUCGACAAUGAUCAGUGGCGUACGAACAUCAAGGAGUUCUACGAAGACGCCACUCUCAAAUUGAUUCGAGAGAAAUCAUGCAACCUUGCGGGCAGACAGCAGGUGGACAUUGCUAGAGAUGUUGGAAACCUCGUUCCCGUGCACUUCGUUUCGAAGAUCUUCUCUCUGCCUCUGAAGACCAACAGUCACCCACGUGGCGUCUACUCUGAACAUGAACUUUUCAUGAUUCUGGCAGUGUUAUACAAUUCUAUCUUCUUCGAUGUGGACCUAAUGAAGUCCUUCUCCCUUCACCGGGCAGCCCAAGCUGUCUCUCAGGAACUGGGUCGACUCGUUGAGGGACACGUCAAGUCUAUCAACUCCCCCGGUUUCCUUUCCGGUAUCAUUGACAGCUUCCGUGAUGAUCAUAAUGCUCUGAAGGAUUAUGGUGACCAGCUCAUCAAGCGCCUUCUUGAGAGCGGUCACGGAGUCUCUGAAGUUACAUGGGGGCAAAUCCUGCCAGCAGCUGUGGAGAUCGUGCACAGCCAAGCUCAGAUGUUCACCCAAAUCAUCCAUUUCUACCUGACGGAGGGCAAGGAUCAUCUUUCUGCAAUCAACCAUCUGGCCAAGCAGGACUCCCUGGAUGCUAAUGAUAAGUUGGCACGCUACUGCCUGGAGGCAGUCCGCCUGAACGGCAAUCUGGGAACCUACCGCGAGGCCCAGACUAACAUCACCUUGUCCGAUGAUAAUGGUUCUGUCCACCUCAAGCAAGGCGACAAGGUUUUCGUCGGUUCCCGGGGAGCCAACCGCGAUCCCAUCGCCUUCCCCUCUCCUGACGAAGUCCGCCUCGACCGCCCAAUCGACUCUUACCUUGACUUCGGCAUCGGACCACAGAGCGGCCUGGGCAAGGAGGCUACACUGAUUGCGGUGACCGCUAUGGUGCGCGUUGUUGCCCGGUUGGACAACCUUCGCCCUGCCCCUGGUGCACAAGGAUUGUUGAAGAAGAUCCCUCAAAAGGGUGGUUACUCGGUAUAUCUUCGCGAGGAUCAUGGCGCCUACUCGCCAUUCCCGACCACCUACAAGGUUCAUUUCAGCGGGGUCGUGCCUGCUCCUAAGCGGCAGGUCACUUCUGUUUGAUUGAUCUUACGGACUAAAUUGAUACCUCUAAUCUGGUUUUGCAUGUUUCGUAUCUUGAGAUAUCCUUUCGUGCGUGGAAGUAUGGUUAUUAUUUUGUCCUGUUAUAAUUAGGUUUCUGAUUUGUUUUUUUUUUGGGAAUUUGAAGCGCCUUGGGCAUCCCGCUGAGGCAGUCAGUCCGUCCCAUGCCGAUAAGAC